AGCCUGUCAUAAAUAUAUAUAUAUAGGUGCAGGCGUGGCUGUGUGGUAAGUAGCUUGCUUACCAACCACAUGGUUCUGGGUUCAGUCCCACUGCGUGGCACCUGGGGCAAUUGUCUUCUACUAUAGCCUCAGGCUGACCGAAGCCUUGUGAAUGCAUUUAGUAGACGGAAACUGAAAGAAGCCUGCCGUAUGUAUGUGUGUGUGUGUGUGUGUGUUUCUUUCCUCACCACUGCUUGACAACCGGUGUUGGUGUGUUUGUGUCCCCAUAACUUAGCAGUUUCACAAAAGAGACUGAUAGAAUAAUUACUUUUUUUUAAAAAAGUACUCGGGUCAAUUCAUUCAACUAAAAAUUCAAAGUGGUGCCCCAGCAUGGCCAUAGUCUAGUGACUAAAACAAGCAAGAGAUAAAAGAUAGUUCAAUUUACAAAAGUAAAUAUGUGAGAAACAAAAUUUCAGGGGAAAAAGCAUCUAUAAAACUAGUUUUUAAGCAUCGAAUAGCUUAUGCAGGGUCGCCAGAAUAAAAUAGCAAUCAAAGGGAUCCCUAGUUUAAAAAAUGGUUCAGAACACUGUAAGCCAAUUACAUUGGUCCCAGAGUUCAACUGCUACUUAUUUUAUCGACCCUGAAAGGACGAAAUGUAAAGUUGACCGUGGCAGAAUUUCUAUUCAGAACUGGCACGUAAAAACCACCCACUACACUCUCGGAGUGGUUGGCAUUAGGAAGGGCAUCCAACUGUAGAAAGAUUGCCAGAUCAGAUUGGAGCCUCCUGGCUUGCCAGUCCUCAGUCAAACCGUCCAACCCAUGCCAGCAUGGAAAGCGGACGUUAAACGAUGAGGAUUGAUGUUGAUGAUGAACGUAAAGUCAGCUGAAAUAAUGCUAAGCAUUUUGCCUGGCAUGCUAACAAUUCUGCCAGUUACAAGGGGAGGGAUUAAAUUGAUUAUAUUGACUUCUGUGUUCAACUGAUACUUUUAUUAUCUGCCCCGAAAGAGAUGACAGGCAAAGCUGACCUCAGUGGAAUUUGAACUCAGAACAUAAAGAUGGACAAAAUGCUGCUAAGCAUUUCACCCAGCAUGCUAACAGUUCUGCCAGUCCACCUCCUUAGAAUGACAGAAAAUAUUGAUAGUAAAUAAAAUACCUGAGCAGUCCUUCAAGCUUUGAAUGACAUUCUGAACUGUUUAAUAAAGGUUAUGAUUUAUUUGACAAGUGGUAUGGCAACAUACAUAACAGAUGGUGUUAGUUGCUGUUCUUUACGAAACAAAUUAAACCAAUUCACUUCCAGAUACGAUGUUAUUGUUGUAGUAAUGUUAUUUGCAUGCAUUUUGCUGCCUGCUCCUACAGGAUUAGUUCUGUUUCAUGUAGCUACUCGUUCAAUGUAACAGCUUGGCCCAUUAGUUGAAUAAAACUUCUGAACAGAAAGGAUCACUUGUGACUGAUUCUCUUGGCAUAAACACUAGCUGGCAUAAUAGAAGUUAAAUUUUAUGAUGUCUCCAACCUUGUGUUUAAUAUAUAGAUAAGGAAUUUCUUCACACUAGCAAGUAAAUUAAAUUUCAGGCUAUUUUGUGUUCUUCACACAAAAAUUCAUACAAUAUGAAGAAAUUUGUGGUUGUGUGGUAAGAAAUUUGUUUUCCAACCACAUGAUUCCAGGUUCAGUCCCAUUGCAUGGCACCUUGGGCAAGUGUCUUCUGCUAAACCAUCGGGCUGACCAAAACCUUGUGAGUGGAUUUGGGAAAUUAAAAGAAGCCUGUUGUGUGUGUGUGUGUGUUUUUAUCUCUGUGUUUAUGUCUCUUGUAACUUAGCUGUGUGGCAAAAAGCACUGAUAGAACAAGUACCAGUUAUUAAAAAUCAUAUAAUAGGUCCUGGGGUUGAUUUAUUCAACUGAUAAUUCUUCGAGGUGGUGCCCCAGCAUGGCCACAGUUUAUUGACUGAAACAAAUAAACGAUAAAAGAUAGUGAACCAUUUUGUUACUGUACGUCUGUUGAAAUACAGUUGUUUCAAUUAAUUUUGAAGAAAAUAAACAAUUUAGUAAAAUAACUUCGUUAUUAUUAGGAUGGUGUUUAGAACAUAAAUGAACAUGAGAUUUUGGUGGGAAUUUUAAUUUAGAUCACCUAAAAACAAGAAAUUUGUAUCAUAGAACCAGAGCUAGUCUCAGGUGGAUUGGUGCCAAAAAGGUUAAACAUCAGUAGCCUUUUAAAUAACACAAUAUAGUUGUGGCUAAAAGAACCUGGUUGAUAAAUGUGUGUUUGUUGAAGAUUAUAUAUACUGACUGUACUUAGUUGUAUUUAAGUCACACUGUUUUAUACUUAAUUUUGACUGAAUAAUUUGAGCUGCAAAGAAUACGUGAAACGAAGUUAAAACUAAGAAGGGAAAGAAAUUUUGUACCAACAUUUAACCGUUUGGCAUUCAGAUUACUCUUUCAGUUGUAACGCUUAUUUAUUCACAUUGAUUUGAAUUAAUCGUGUGUUAUCUUAAUCAUCCUCAUCAUUUAGCAUUUGUAGUCCAUGGGUUGGACAGUUUGACCAGGGCUGGCAAAUUGUGGGGCUGUGCCAGCCUCCAGUCUGAUUUGGCAUGGUUUUGACGGCUGGAUGCCCUUCCUAAUGCCAACUGCUCCGUGAGUGUAAUGGGUGCUUUUACAUGCUACUGGUAUGGGUAACUACCAGUAUCUACCAUGACUAUAAUUUCACUUGGCUUGAUGGGUCUUCUACUCAAGCAUGGCAUAAUACCAAAGGUCUCAGUCAUUUGUCAUUGCCUCUGUGAGGCCCAGCACUCGAAUGGUGCUUUUUUUGUGCCACCGGCAUGGACAUUUCAUGGAAAUUCUAAGUGUGAGAAGCUAGAUCUGGUCAGUUUGAACAUAAAAUGGAAUAUUUUGGCCGGAUAUGGCCAAUUUAAAUGCUAAAGGGUUAAAACUAAAUUAAGAAUGCCCCUUAUAUUCAUGAGUAAAUAUGGUAAUUUUUGCUUUAUUUCUGAUUGUUGUGAGUGUUUUCACUUCCACUUUCAAAGUGACUAUUUGUUUUUCUUCUCUUAGCAGUCAUCAUGUUCAUCAAACCACAACUGCUGCUCAUAUUAAGGAGGAAAAUCUCAGUUCUAUUAGCUCCCAUACUACAACAGAAUGUUGUACUCGAUUGUCCAGUGAAGAAGAAGGAGAUGAGUCACACAGUAGUAAAUCUGGCUUCACUUAUUUGAAUCACCAUCCACGACCAGUAGCUAUGUGUACAUUUGGAGGUCGGUUUUUGAAAAACGGAGUCUGUUUAUUUAACAGAAAAAGUGAUUUAGUUCAAUCUGCUCUCUAUAAUGUAUUGGAACGACUAAAUCAUCCGCCUCCACAUAAGAAAUUGUGCGUUGAAUCCAACUUACCAAAAGAAACGCAGCUCGUCACAAAUUCAAAGGACCCUUAUGAAUUUAAUAUGGUUGACCCCAUGUCUGGAAGCAGCCACAGUUCGAAUAGUGUAAUUAAUUCAACAAACAAAGGUGCUGUAAAGCCCAAAUCAAAAUCCUCUACCAGCAAAUCCUCCAAACCUAAAGACAGUGGUACAAAAAGCCCUGGGCUGCUCUCAACUGUUGCUGGUGGUAAUGUAGCCAAACGGAAACGAAGUGGUGGUGGUGGUGGUGGUGGUGGAGGCGGCGGUGGUGUUGUACAAACCGGCCCAGUUUCAGCUGCUACUUCGAACCCUAAUUGUACGAAUUUUUCCAACAAUGUAAUGAACAUGUCAGUUUACAGUCCGAAUAACACAGUUGCAGCCUUUGCGUACCCCAAUGUUAAUUUAAGCAGUACCACCCUCAGCCACUUCAAUGCAACUCUCCCAACAGGGAAACAAAACCCUUCCAUCGACCCACAAUUGACUAAAAUCAAAGAAUUUGGAUUUGUGGUUACGGGUUUUGAUUCACGGCAAGGUUUGGUUAACGGACAAUAUAUAAAUAUUGCCUGCAUGGCCGAUUCGGUCAUGACGCAGGUGCCAACACAAGAUGAACGUUGUAGCGGCAGCAACAGUAUCAAACGUAAUCACAAUGGAAGUGUGAAAAGUUCAUGUGCUGGUAACAAAACUUCAAACAUGCUGGAUUCUUCUUCCUCCUCCUCUUCUUCUUCUUCUUCCUCCUCCUCUUCUUCAUCUUCUCAGUCAGUAUCAAGCAACAGCCUUUAUGCCACCAUGCCACGGAACACUACCAUGUUUAUGGAUGCAGGCUCUGUGCUGACCUCCGUAUCAUUAGGAGCGGCAGCAUCCAAUACUGUUGUCUCGUUAAGUAACAGCACUCAGUCACCCACUCUACCAAGUCCCUCGACGACCCCAAGUCCACAUCUCAGAUCAGGUUCAGUGAGUCCCCAAGUCACUGCAUCAUCUCCUUUACUCAAUGGAAUAAUACCGUCCCCCUCUGAUAAAAGUUCAACCAAUCUUCGACACGGGGCUCAGGGCUCAAGCCAUCGAUCACACAAGUCGAAUCAAGCUGCUAAUGUCCACAGCAGCAAAGCUCGUCACUCAGCGACCUCAUCUUCUUCAUCAGCCGGUGGCAGCAAAGCUCAGACGUCAAGCAACAACAGUGGGGGUAGUGUUGUGACAGGCAGGGGCAACAGCAGUAAUAAUAACAAUAACAGUACAAAGUCAUCGACUUCAUCGCCAACAUUAGCUACACCAGCAACAUCAGCAUUGCACACUAUAACAGCAGGUAACAAAAAUAACAGUAAAACUGGCGGCAGUCAACAACAACAACAGCAACACAUACUGUCAUCACACACGCAUAUCAAGUCAAGCAGCGGGAGCAAGGUAGUAACAAAACCAGUUGGUAAUAAUAAGCUAAAAACACAGUCGCUGCAAGUGACGUUUCCAAACGCACAUCAGGUAGGACAUGUAACUGCUGCAGCCCAAAACUCCACUGUUUUUGCAGUUCAGCAAUCAGACAAUUCCCAGAGAAAAGACAUGAGUGGCGCUGCUCAGGUGCCACCGGGUCAUGGCACCACUCCACCUAGCAUGAUCUCUUAGCGAAUAAUUGGGUAGAAAAAAAA